AUGGUUCAGCUUUCCCACAAUUUCGUUGUGACAUGCAUUUCUACUGACCUUAAGCCCAAGGAACUAUUGCUUCGUCCACCAAGAGUUUGGCGUGGCAAAGUUAUGAAUUUUUAUCGACAACACUGUGAUGAAUUGGAUACCACCUCCCAAGUUUCAGUUGCAGUGAGACUAUCCAAAUCCAUUCUUUCCUUCCUCAGGUCCUCAUCAGAGGUUGACAUUGGCUCCACGCUCCUUGCAUCCAACUACGGGCUCAAAUUCCUUGCAUCAUUAAACGACGUAAUUUGUAAAACAAGAGAUUUCUUCGAAUUACCUUUCCACGCUGAGCAUUGGAUGGAGGUGUUAACCCACGUACAGCGGGUUCAUCAGUUACCUCUUCUACAUUUUGAACCGAUCCCAGGUUAUUUCUCAACGUCGUCCAACGAGCUCAAAUGGCUCUUGCACACUUCAUCAACAUCUGACACCGCUCUUGAGCCUAUAUUGGAUUCAUACGAGCAGAUCUGGAUUGACACAGGCAAUUUUGAAAAAGAAAAGGUGAUUAGGGUGUUGUCGAGUCACUCCAUACUAUUGAAGCAGGGUCAACAAGUUGAAGGUGUUCAAAACCCACCUUCGUCGACAUCCCCCUUAAUAACCUCCCCUCAAGUCCUCGAGUUCCUAACCUUCGUGAGUGAGAAAUUCGACGAGGAGUCUGCUUUAUUUCGCUGGUGCGGCGAAGAGACCAUAACUCGGUGGGUGGAUACUCUGGAACGCGUACGGGUCCUUCAUUAG